AUGUCUCUCGGAAAUAGAGUUGGAGCAAUUUCAAAAAGUCAUACAAAAGAAAUUCCGCAGCGUCAUCCCAAGAACGUCGGCGAAAUUUCCGGUGAGUACAAGGCGCUAUUUGAGAGAUUACAGGACUUGGAUAUUGGGUAUAUGAAAGAGGGAAGGGUUGCGGAGAUGGUGGAGAAUUGGAAUGAUUUCUCAUCGUUAACAUCUCUGACGAUAAAGAUGAGCACCCACCUUUCAAAAAUUCUCAUUUCAUCUCGACACCUCAAAAAAAUCAAAAUUCUCGAUGGUCGCACUCAAACCAUUCUUCCAAUCCUCUCAUUACCUACCCCAUCGGCCUCUCUGCAAAGCAUAACUUUCAAAUUUGUCGAGUUCGACGAAAAUGAUCCCUGGGAAUUGUUAUCAUCAUUCACGAACUUGGAAAAAUUAAAAUUAAUUAAUUGUUGGAUACAUCCUGACGUGGAUUAUGAGGCAAAGAAGGUUAUGGGGUUUAAGGUGACAAGGGUGAAAUUCAAAAAGUUGAAAUUGUUUGUUUGCUCGAAUCCUCGGAGCAGCGGUAUGAGUGUCGAGAAUGAAGGAAAGACAUUGCUUGUGCAGUGGGGUGUGCUGCAACAUGCCAUGGUGGUAUCCGAGAAUCUGGAAUCACGCAAAACAAGGAUUUACUACGAAAAAUUGGACAAAG